GUCAGAAAAAAGGACAGCCUACGAAAAAAAAGCCCUCGUGUUUGCUUCCCUCUGGCUGCCGCGAGGCGAGAACAGAAUACCAAGGAAAAACCAGAGCAAAAAAAAGGUCAAAGCAAGCACAAUGGCUUCCACAGGUGGUGCUGCCCCAGGCACUUACACUCCCACUCCCACCAAGAAAACCCAACGUUCUUCAUUCUUCUCUGACUCUGAUGUCGACUGGCUUCGUCCCGAUGGUCGUGGUUUCCACCAGUGCCGACCUGCUUUUUUCAGGACUGGUGCGGUGAAUUCUGCUGCAGGAUCUGCAUAUGCUGAAUUUGGAAAUACAAAGGUCAUCGUUUCUGUGUUUGGGCCUAGAGAAAGUAAGAAAGCAAUGGUGUACAGUGAUGUGGGCAGGCUUAAUUGCAAUGUUAGCUGUACCACUUUUGCCACCCCUGCUCGUGGACUGGGAUCAGAUAAUAAAGAGUUCUCUUCCAUGCUUCAUAAGGCUUUGGAAGGCGCAAUCAUGUUGGAAACUUUUCCCAAGACAACUGUAGAUGUGUUUGCAUUGGUGUUAGAAUCUGGCGGCAGUGAUCUUCCUGUUGUAAUAUCUUGUGCAAGCCUUGCCUUGGCGGAUGCAGGGAUUAUGAUGUAUGACCUUGUUGCUGGAGUUUCUGUGUCUUGUCUUGGUAGAAACCUCAUCAUUGAUCCAAUUUUGGAAGAGGAAAGUUUUCAAGAUGGAAGCCUGAUGAUCACUUGCAUGCCUUCUCGUUAUGAGGUCACGCAGCUUUCUAUUACAGGGGAAUGGUCAACUGCAAAACUGAAUGAGGCAAUGCAGCUUUGCUUGGAUGCUUGCUCAAAGCUGGACAAGAUAAUGAGGGCAUGUUUGAAAGAGGCUGCUUCAGCUUCACUGGAUUAGAAAGAACCCCUUUCUAGUAAUGUUGCUAGUAUAAUAUAGGUCACCUUUUAGCUGUUUUUUCCUUUUCUUUUUCUUUCCCCCUUUAAACAACAAAUAAUUUAUCCAUUUUUGUGAGAACUUUCAAUUUUCCUGAUUAAUGCUCACCUGUCUCUACAUUUUACCUUUUUAUCUCUACUAUCGAUAUAUUUCUGUAGCCUGUGUUUCAUGAAAGCCAGCUUCUUACACCAGUGGAGUGGUGUUGAAUUUUUUGUAAUGUAUUCUUUGUUAAUAGCUGGAGCUGUAGCUUCUAGUCUCAUCUUAUGGUCA